AUGAAGGAGAUUGAUGAUGCUCAAGACAAAGAUCAGUUUGUAAUAGAACUUUCGUUAAAAUAUAGUCAAUAUCCGUUUAAACCGCAUCUUUAUGCAGAUUAUUCUAGGUUGUUGAUCAAAAUCACAAUGUUGGAAUUCUAUUACAAACUGAUAGAAGGUCAAGCAAAAGAAAGAAAAAUUCCUGUGCUUAUAUGUAACAAACAG